AUGGAGCUUCACUUGUACUACGCCAUCCUUCUGCUCUGCGCAACUGCAGGGCUGUACAAAUUCAUCUUGUAUCCUGCAUUCCUCUCCCCACUAGCAAAGGUUCCAAAUGCGCAUUGGUCUUGUAGCUUUUGUCCCAUUUGGAUCUAUUGGGUGAAAUGGACGAAGCAAGAAAACAGUCGGAUCUACAAUCUUCAUAUGGAGAAGGGCCCUGCUAUUCGACUUGCCCCUAAUCUUCUCAGUGUGAACUCCUAUGAAGAUGGAUUGAAGAGAAUUUAUCAUGGAGGUUUCCCAAAGCCUGAGUUUUACUUCAAUGGAUUUGCUGUCUACGGGACGGACAAUCUAUUCACCAUCAAGGAUAACAAGACACACUCCGCUCACAAGAAAGCGCUGUCGAGCUGCUUCACAAAAUCAUUUGUCAUGUCAUCCCAGACUGCGCGAGCCGCGACGCGAGACAUUCUGUUCAACCGUGUACUCCCUUUGCUUCACAAGUCCUCCACCGAAAACAAGGCAGUGGAGGUCAUGGAUCUCACCUAUGCCUAUCUCCUCGACACUUUCGUGCAGUGGCAAUUUGGUCGCUCCAUUGCCAGUAAUCUGGUAGAAAAUGAGAAAGAGCGGAGAUUUUAUUUUGAUGGCUUUCUUGGAGUAGCUGAAUACACCUUCUGGCAAUACCAUUUCCCUCGCUUGGUGGCAAUGCUCCAAAAACUCGGCAUCCACCUCAUCCCUAAGAGUGUUGUGGAUGCAUUCGAAGGUGUUGAAAAAUGGAAUCUCGAUAAGUGUGACCAAGCUCAACAGCUUCUUGCCAGUGGAAAGGAACUAUCACCAGAUGAUCAGCCAGUGGCCUUUGAACCCGCUCUGAAAGGAAUGAGUCAGGUCGAUGCGAAGCCUCAGAUGUACCCCCGACGCCUUGAUUUGGCAAGUGACAUGUUCUCAUUGAACUCUGGAGCUUUUGAGACUAGCGGUAACACCUCCACAUAUCUCUUAUACGAACUAAGCCGUCAUCCGGAAUGGCAAUCCAAGCUCCGAGAAGAGGUUCGCGGACUUGAAACACCCUUGAAGCAUACUCCUGGAAAGUUAGUUGAGAUCGAGGAUAUCACAAACCCUCAGGAUAUUGACAAAUUGCCGAUCCUUCAUGCUGUAUUGAUGGAAACGCUUCGUCUUUGGCCAUCGGUGCCUGGUGGUCAACCUCGAGUUGUACCGCGCCUUGUACCCUGGGCGGUGUUCCCGGAUCCUCUUGAAUGGAAGCCAGAGCGAUGGCUUAAUGCAUCACCAGAGCAGUUGGCCCUGAUGAGAAAAUGGUUCUGGGGAUUUGGUAGUGGUGGAAGAAUGUGUCUUGGAAUGCAUUUUGCUUAUUACUCAAUCAAAUAUUUCUUUGCGAGCGUAUAUUCAAACUUCUCGACGACUAUUCACGACCACGGCGACAUGGAGGCCAGUGAUGGGUACCUUGCCGGUCCAAAGGGACACCGAUUGGAAUUGGAAUUUCAUUACUUGGAAUGA